GCAGCUUUAGGAGAAGAAGAAAGGACCCGUCUGGCUUUCCGUACCUUACGAAAUGUUCACCUUUUACUUACGUUUUAACUACUGACGUCUGCGUGCUGACAUUGAGGACAACCGCGCUCACCUGUGUUUCUCACCGCUUGGUAAAAUAAAAAAAGGUUCCUUCCUCAUCAUGGUGACUGGGAAGCGACUCGCGGACAUCGGCUACCGCGCGUUUUCGGCCUCCAUGAUGCUGCUGACGGCCUACGGGGGCUACCUGUGCGCGCUGCGGGGCUACCGCUACGUGCAGAAGCAGAAGAAGCUGAAGCUGGCAGCGGAAAACCAGGACCCCGAGGUCAUGAAAGACUGACGGCCAGAUGUGCAGUAGGAGCCUCCUCGAGAUGUGGACAUUUUCUACUCAUCCGUAUGUUCUUCUUGUGCGUCGCUAAACAAUCCAGAUGUUGGGUCUCCUCAGGACAGGAAUCCACUGUGAGGGGGGGUCCCACCAAGGAAGAUGUUUGAUAAAAGCUUCACCAAGCAAAUGAACAAAUAGCUUAUUAUUUGUGGCUACGCCUUUGUAAAAAAGAUUGCUGUAAUUGUUUGUAACAUUAAAUUAAACAUUAAAGCGACGUAUUGUUCAUAAACGACAAGAA